AUGACAAAUCGAGCACUCGUAGUUGUCGACUUGCAAGAGGACUUCUUACCACCUAAUGGAUCCUUAGCGAUACCAGAUGGCAGACUGAUUGUCCAACCAAUCAUUGAGCUCGUCACCGGGACAAAUUUAAGUCAGUGGUCAUUGGUUGUCGCAACACAAGAUUGGCAUCCAGCCAACCACACCUCAUUUGCAUCACAACAUGGUGUAGAGCCACUUGCUGAAUUGGAGUUCAGACAUCCAAAUACAGGAGAGAUCAAGAAACAGUAUGUGUGGCCAGAUCAUUGCGUCCAAGGAAGUGCUGGCGCCAAAUUGGAACUGAAUUUUGCAAAAGCUUUUGCAGAGAUUAAAGGAGUGCCCACGGUAAAUGUAAAGAAGGGAUACUUGCAGGAUCGCGAAUAUUAUUCAUGUUUCCAAGACACAUGGGGCUUGCAUCAAACAGAAAUGAAGCGCACUCUUGUUGAGCAUGCUAUCGAUGAGGUUGUUUUUGUGGGACUUGCGUUUGAUUAUUGCGUGUUGAACUCAGCCAUUGAUUCAGCUGACUCGUUCAAGACUUAUGUGGUGGAGAGCUUGAGUAAGAGCGUCACUCCUGAGAAUGAUUCAAAAACAAAGGAGAUUUACAAGAGUUCAGGCGUGAGUGUUGUAAAGGAAAUACUGGAUAUAUAA